GAGCAGACCCUGGAGGACCUGGGUGGCUCCUCAGGCCUCCUCCGCUCUCCCCACUGCUGGGUGGGGGUGGGAAGGGGGUAGGUGCAGCCGGCUGAGGAGCCUGAUGAUUUCCUGCCCUCACCCGGCGCUCACCACAGCUUCCUGCCACAGGCGGGAGGGCAGGCGCUGAGGAAAGGCGGGCGCCAAGCCCAGGGGCAGGUAGGCCUGGGUGCGGGGGCCACGCAGGGUGGCUGGUGCCCCAGACUCCAGCCAGGCCCUGGCCUGACUGCCUGGGGCCAAGGGCCUGACAGCCAGCACUGCCACGCACACGGCCCAAGGCGGGCGGAGAUCCAGGAGCCCUCAAGGAGGGCACGGCUGCCCGCCGGGCUCCCGCCUGGUGUCGCUGGGCCCCUCCGCCCCGGGGCCCCUCCGCCCCCCUACCCAGCACUUGCUCCGCGGCAGUUCUGUGCUGGGGGCGUCCAGCGAGCAGCAGGUCUGGUCCGAGCUCUGUCCUGCAGAUGGAGGCGGCCAUCCUGCUCCCCCUGGCGCUGGGCCUCCUGCUGCUGCCCCUCUUGGCUGUGCUGCUGAUGGCGCUCUGUGUGCGCUGCCGAGAGCUGCCAGACACCUACACCUACGACAGUGCUGUGCCGGACAGCCUGCCAAGAAGCAUCGUGAUCAAAAGGCCUGCCACACUAGCCCCCUGGCCACAGGCGACUGUGACCUCCUGUCCACCCCUGAGCCCGCCAGACCUGCUCCCCAUCCCGAGAUCCCCACAGCCCCCAGGGGGCUCCCACCGAAUGCCGUCUGCUCGGCAGGACUCCGAUGGCACCAACAGCGUGGCCAGCUAUGAGAACGAGGAGCCGGCCUGUGAGGACGAGGACGACGAGGAGGAGGACUACCACAACGAGGGCUACUUAGUGGUGCUUCCUGACACUGUCCCGGCCACGGCCACGGCCACGUGCGCCGCCGUCCCAGCAGCUGCUGCGCCCAGCAGCCCCGGCCCCCGAGACAGCGCCUUCUCCAUGGAGUCGGGGGAGGACUAUGUGAACGUUCCCGAGAGCGAGGAGAGUGCAGACGCGUCUCUGGAUGGGAGCCGGGAAUAUGUGAACGUGUCCCAGGAGCUGCAGCCCACUGUGAGGACUGAGCCCGCCACCUUGGCUUCCCAGGAGGCAGAGGAAGAGGAGGAAGAGGGUGCCCCAGAUUAUGAAAAUCUGCAGGAGCUUCAAUGAAGACCUCAUGAGGCGUGCUAUCCUAGAACCUGUCUUCCUGGGAGGGCUGAGCUGGGAAGUGGCUCCAGGGGGCCCACUUGGCACCCCACCCUGGCUCCAGCCCGACAACAGCCUGAGAAUUUCCCCCCUAACUUAUUGGCACUUUGGGGUCCAGUCUGGGUGCCCCCAAUGCUGCACCUUCUGACACAGCCUGAGAAUGAAGUGCCUUGGCCCCCGGUCCUGCUCUGUACAGAAUAAAGGCUGGUGUGGUCUGUAGCUCUUGGCUUUGGGGACCCAGUGGCGGGUCAGGGUGAGGGGGGCAGAGGGUCUGUGUGUGCGUGCAUGCGUGUGUGUGGGCCCCCGUCCUCCACGGGGCCUCCAGCUCCUCCGGGUCCUGGCCAGGUGCUAGGACAGGUCGCCUUCUGAGCGAGGCCAGUGUGACCCAGCCCGGCACUUGGGGCCCGGACACACGUCCACGAGACCGUCCACAGACGGAGGCUGUGCUGACGGGAGAGCGGCGUGAGGCACACUGGGUGGGCUCCAGAGCAACCCUCCCCGCCGGCCCGCUUCCCCAUCUUUGAAAGAAGACUUGAUGACUUUGAAGGCUUUGUUAGUUUUUACCUUUUGUGGUUCUCAAUAAAACAGAACUUAAAAAUUG